AUGUCGGUCGCUAGUAAGAACCCCUUUGCCCUUUUGGGAGAUGACGAUGGACCCGCACCGGCACCUGUCGCUCCCACGAAGGACGCGGCACCAACAGCUCCCAGGAGAGCGAUCGUAGGUGCUGGUCAAACUCAACAGCGCGGUGGUCGCGGAGGCGCUCGCGGUGGUGCUCGUGGUGGAAAUGCUGGCGCACAGCGCGCCAACGCUGGAGCGGAAGAUGGUGAAGUUCAACAACAACGCGACUCGCGCUCCGAGCGCGGCGGUCGUGGUGGCCGCGGAGAAGGACGAGGUGGCCGCGGACGUGGUGGUCCUCGAGGCCGUGGACGUGCAUUUGACCGUCACUCUCAAACAGACCGCGUCGACUCCGAGAAGCGCGUUCAUCAAGGAUGGGGCGGUGAUGAAGGCAAGCGCGAGCUAGAGAACGAGGAGAACGCAGUCGCAGACGCCGCUGCCGAGGGCCAAGCUCCUGUGCCUGAGAACGCAGCUUCGGGUUGGGAUGCUCCCGCCGACCCUGCUGUGCCUGGCGCUACCCCCGCCGCUGAUGCGCCCGCACCGAUCCCGGAAGAGGAAGUGGACACCACCAAGACUCUGGAUGAGUACCUUGCUGAGCGAGCGGCUAAGAAAUUCACCAUCGGAAACGCUAGCGCUCCUCGUCAGGUUGAGGCAGACGAGUCGGCUUUCGGCACCAGAUUCGUCCGAGAAGCUGUUGAGGAGGAGGCCAAGAAGGCAAACCCUAAUUACAAGCCGCGUGAGAAGAGCGCAAAGACGAAGCAAUUCCUCGAAAUCGAGCAGACCUUUGCCCCUGCUGCUGGAAGCGAGAGAGGUGGCCGCGGCCGCGGCCGCGGCGGACGUGGAGGUGACCGUGGAAGCGAGCGUGGCGGACGAGGCCGUGGACGCGGCGAUGGAAGUCGCGGUGCUGGAAGAGGACGUGGUGGUGCUGGAUACACUCGUGGGGGAGGUGCUGGUGGCGCCGUCAACCUCCAGGACCAGAGCGCCUUUCCCACCCUGGGCUGA